AUGUUAUUUCACACCAUCAUCUCAUCUCACCUGGACCUCACCUGGACCUCACCUGCUGCGUACCUGGGCUCAGAUCCACAGGUGAUACAGAUGUUGCGUGUAGCGGCGGCAGUGCUCCUCCUCUCCUUCUUAGCCUCUGUGCAAGCCGAGGCUGAAGCUAAGCCGGACUACCCUGCUGCUGGUCCUCCUUCGAGCUAUGCCACCCCUGCCCCUGCCCCUAGCUACGGACCCCCUCCUGCUCCAGCCCCUUCCUACGGCCCUCCCCCAGCUCCCUCCUAUGGCCCUCCACCCAAGCCCAAAAGCUACUGCCACAAGAAAUGCUACGAUAAGACUGUCUACACCACCAUCACCAAGACUGCCAAGGAACAUCACACUUCCUGGAUGACUCAGAAUCAGUACGUGCCCACCACACUCUACAAGUACGUCACUGAGAAGCUGUACUACCCAACAACUGUGGUACAAUACGAGUUUGUGACGCAACCUCUCCCGGACCAAGUCAUCUACGAAACUAAGGUGGCGUACAACCAGGCGACCGUCACCGAGGCUCACAUCACCACCGUGCAGGACAUGAUGCCGGGCACUCACUACUACCUCAAGACCCACACCGAGUCACACUACUGCACCUCCACUGUCCAGGUCCCCUUCUACGUGACGGUGACGCAGCACGUGUACAAGACGGUGCAAGAACCACACUACGUCACAGAAACCAAGGUGGAGCAGAAUUACGUGACGGUGACGGAGGAUGAGCCGCAUUACGUGACGCAGACGCAGUACAACACCAAGCACCAGUACAUGUACGUGACGGUGACGGAGACGAAGCAUGGUUACGUCACAGUCACAAAUACCAAGAAGGAACCAACCUAUACGACUGUCUGCAAAUAUGGAUACUAGAUAAUGACUCCUACGACUACUGCUACGACUACUGCUGCUACUAUUACUACUACUACUACUACUACUAUUUCUAUAUUAUUGCUGUUGCUACUUUCACUCCUCUCUGCUUGUAGUACUCUUAAGAUCAUUUUUCCUUACUAUUACUACUACUAUUACUACUUCUGCUACUUCUACUACUACUACUACUACUACUACAACAAUUACCUGAAUACUUGUAUAUAGCUACUUGGAACCAUCUCUACUACUACUACUACUAUUACUACUACUACUAUUCCGUGGAUGGUUCUCGUCUUUCUACCAAUAUAUAAAAAUCCCUUCCGGUGACUACCACUACUUAACGCUAAGGUUCCCGUACCCUCGUAAUAGACUUAGAGAUAGAUUAACCUUUAUUUUUUACACAAGUGAUAUCCAGCACGGGGCGGGCACCCUGUGUUGGACAAUCGUAGAUGUAAGGCCUGACGCGGGCGGACGGGCAGCGGGCGUACACAGGUGACCCCGGG